CGCACUUCCGGGUUAGCAAACAAUGCACCCCGGCUCGGUGAUUAAUGGCUGGUAUAAAGAGAGCCGGAACGCCACAGCGGCAGGUUUGGGCAUGUAUUCUUCUUCGCUGAUUUGCGGUGUGCGCCCUGGCUCGGUACCGCUUUAGGACCCAGGCGGCUAGCUCACACACGAGCAGAAACCUUUGUAUGGCAGAAGACAGUAAGUGUUACAGACUGAAUCAGUGAAGUGAAGAGGGUGUGUUAGGUCCUGUGGGUGGUGGUUCAUUCUGCAGAGGCAGGUCCAGCCAACAGAGGGAGGAGAAUAAACCAUGACCCUUCCCACACAGGGACAUGUCAGCCCAGAAGAGUUUAUAAAUCCUUCCUCAUAUUUAUUCCUGAUCCACAGUCAAUUCUCAUAUUGUCAGUGGUGCAUUAAGGAAACUUCUGGCCCACGUCUGCAGUUUUUCAUAGUUUUUCAGAGGAAGGAGCAGAGGACUGAUCAGAAAUGGACACUUAAACCUGCUGGCUGCUCUAUUGUCAUAUCUCUUCAUUUGGCUUCCAGAUCGCUGCUGUUCAGACUUUGAUCUGGACAUGAACUUUGUUUGAGCUCGGUCAGCUAUCGUUUCAAACCUCAGACCACAUCGUACACGUUUCCUCUGACUCUUCAGCUGACACUAUGUACAGCAGCGGCUACUCCCAGGUCAACAAAUACAGCCCACAGACCAAGAAAAAGAUGCAGUACCGCUCAAAGGGCAAGAGUUGCGGCUACUACUUGCGAAUCAUCUUCUUCUUCUCCUCGCUCAUUCAGUCUCUCAUCAUUGUCAGCCUCGUGCUCUUUCUGGUCUAUGGAAAGACACAAGACUCAGCCUCUGAAACACGAAUCCAGGACCUGGAAGAGAGCUUCAGUCGACUGUCCAUAGAAAAUGUUGCCCUCAAGUUGCAGAGGAAAAACCUGACCAACAUCCUGAAUGCCACCCUGACGGAAAAGGCUCGUAAUGACUUCGACCUGGCCGAGCUGCGUCGACUCUGCAACAUAUCAUUUCAUGUUAUUGGAAACUUAGAGAAGAAGCUGCAACAGUGCACCCUGGAGUGGAUGGGUUUAAAGGUCAGAUGCAGCAUGAACCCACGUAUAGUAGAUCCACCGAUAGUUCCUGGUGGCUGUAACUGCGGGUCCCUGCUUGAGCAGCUGAAAGCCAGGUAUGACCUUCUGGAGUCCAACUUCACCCAAACAACACAGAGAAUGAGGAUGGAAAUGGACCAGAUUGUCAAAGAGAGGGACAACCUCAACCUGGAGACCAUUCGUCUGAGGAGAGACAAAUCCACCCAAGAAAAGGAGAUAGAGGAAUACAAGAAAAAUUCCAAAAGAGAGAUUUCCAUUACCUUUAGUCAUGUCAAAAACGUCUCUAGAGCUCUCCGAGAGAAGAUCGAGUCUCUCUUCCCCAGACACAUUGCCUUCCAGCUCACGUGUCCAAAGCAGAGGGAGCACCUGGAGCAGAUCCACACCAACUGCACCAACCUGUCACAGGAAGUGGAGGACAAGCUCCAGCGUUACCUGGACACUGUUGGAGAGCAGAUGUCAACCGUCUACUAUGACAACAACCACCUGAAGGCAGAAAACUGGCGGUUAAAUGAGGACUACCGCUGGUGCAGCCAGAAUCGCACAGCUAUGGCAGCACAGCACCGACACAGCAUGAAUGAACUUCAGGACAAAUAUGACAAGGAGAAGGAGCAACUCCUGAUGGACAAGAUGAGGCUCAACGGAGACAAAGAGGUCCUGCUGAAGAGUGUCAAGUAUAAGAGCACCGAGGUUGAUCACCUUACAGAGAAAGUCAGGCAGCUCAACGUGUCUUGCAUGUUGAGGUCAGGAGGUCUGGGCCUCCAGCCAAACACAAAUCUUGGGUGGAACUUAAUGGGUGGUGGAUCCAGUUCUUUACCAUCCAGCUCUACUGGUUUUGUUCAGCAAGGUAGGACAGGGUCAGGCUCAUCCUUCAGUAAUCCAGCAUCAACCGGAACUGGUUCUUUAGGUUCAUUAUUCCCAUCCUCCGGGUCCAGCUCCAGUCUAAGUAAUACUGGAGGGAAUAAACCAGGAUCAACCGGAACUGGUUCUUUAGGUUCAUUAUUCCAGUCCUCCGGGUCCAGCUCCAGCCUAAGUAAUACUGGAGGGAAUAAACCAGGAUCAACCGGAACUGGUUCUUUAGGUUCAUUAUUCCCGUCCUCCGGGUCCAGCUCCAGCCUAAGUAAUACUGGAGGGAAUAAACCAGGAUCAACCGGAACUGGUUCUUUAGGUUCAUUAUUCCCGUCCUCCGGGUCCAGCUCCAGCCUAAGUAAUACUGGAGGGAAUAAACCAGGAUCAACCGGAACUGGUUCUUUAGGUUCGUUAUUCCCGUCCUCCGGGUCCAGCUCCAGCCUAAGUAAUACUGGAGGGAAUAAACCAGGAUCAACCGGAACUGGUUCUUUAUUCCCGUCCUCCGGGUCCAGCUCCAGCCUAAGUAAUACUGGAGGGAAUAAACCAGGAUCAACCGGAACUAGUUUUUUAGGUUCAUUAUUCCCGUCGUCCGGGUCCAGCUCCAGCCUAAGUAAUACUGGAGGGAAUAAACCAGGAUCAACCGGAACUGGUUCUUUAGGUUCGUUAUUCCCAUCCUCCGGGUCCAGCUCCAGCCUAAGUAAUACUGGAGGGAAUAAACCAGGAUCAACCGGAACUGGUUCUUUAUUCCCGUCCUCCGGGUCCAGCUCCAGCCUAAGUAAUACUGGAGGGAAUAAACCAGGAUCAACCGGAACUGGUUUUUUAGAUUCAUUAUUCCCGUCCUCCGGGUCCAGCUCCAGCCUAAGUAAUACUGGAGGGAAUAAACCAGGAUCAACCGGAACUAGUUCUUUAGGUUCGUUAUUCCCGUCCUCUGGGUCCAGCUCCAGCCUAAGUAAUACUGGAGGGAAUAAACCAGAAUCAACUGGAACAGACUUGUUUAGUUCGUUAUUCCCGUCCUCCGGGUCCAGCUCCAGCCGAAGUAACACAGUGUUAGGACUGAAUAAGCCAGGAUCACCUGCUCAAGGCUCAAGCCCUGUAUCGACAGCUUCAGGUUCAAGCCUAAGUACAAGUGGGAUAGGGGCAAAUAAGCCAGGCUCUAAUGGGAAAACCUCCUCCUGGUUGGGAUCACCAGCUGGAUCAAGUAUAUCCACUGGGUCCAGCAGUCCUGGAUUUCCUUGGGAUGGGACAGUCAACAGUAACUCAGGGCAAAGUAAGACAGGAAGUACACCAGGAAAGACACUGAGUGGGACCAGUUAUGGAGGGACUGGAUCUUCUUAUGGUGGAGGAAGGACCAGUGGAUUGGGAGGUGGCCCAGGCAGCAUCUCCCAGCACCUUCAAGAGCUGCAGCGUCUGAUCAACCCUCCUGGUCUCCAGGAGAAGCAGGAUCUCUCCAGAAUGCUGGGUUAGAUCAACUUCAGGUGAAACAAAUAAAGAAAUGAAAGAGAAGAAGAUAAAGAAAGAUUCUCAUGUUAUCGUAUGACACCUGUAAUGUAUUAUAUCUGUCUCAGAGCACCGAAACAAGCCUCUCAUGUAGUCUGUGAUUAAAUGUAACGUCUGUUCCAGUAUUCAGAAUAACUUUUGGCUCUUGAACUGACAUGUGAAGUUUGUGAUGCCAGAAAUCACUUGUUGGAUUUUUACUCUGUAAAAACAUGAAAAUUAAAGAAGUUUGUUAACGUCA